AUGGAGGCGAGGGCUGAGGGUCGGCGAGGCGCGUCGAGGGGCAGAAAGCGGCCUCGGGUCGGAAAAGGGCCGCUUGCAGGAGGCGGGGAGCGAGGCGGCCACAUGGCGGCUGCCGCGGAGGAGAUCUGUCGGGCUCAGCACUUGGCUCUCGUGGCAGACAAGCCCGCGGCGGAGCGUGGCCUGGAGGAGCUGCUGUUCGGGGACGUGCAGGAAGAAGACGACGACCCGCAGCGUCUGCAAGGCCCGCUGGCGAAGGUAUUAGGCGGUUCAGUAGCCGGUUCAGUAGCAAAUGUUCAGAAGAGAGGGGUGCAGCUGUAAUUAUGAUAGCACAGCAUAGAAAAAGGGCACUCUUUUGUGCUGUUUUUUAAAAAUAAAUUUAUUGUGGCUUCAGUCAAACCGUUGAGGUUGUAAAGUUGAUAAUGGUUGUCCCUUUGUAUGGUGGCUGUGUGAAUGCCUUAUUCACAGAUCACAAUCUUCUGUCUUGUCCACUUUGAAAGUAUUCCAGGAGGUGGUAAAUUAAGUCUGAAUGUCCACUGUAACAUUCAAGCAAAUUAGUUCUUCACCCCCUAAAAAAAUUCUUAGCUUUUUCAGUUCACGUAAAUAUUUGUAAAUUCACCAUAGUAUCCAGAUGUGGGGUACUGUCCUGUCAUGGUAGCAAACAGUGCAAGUAUGCCUUCUGAACUCUGAAGGCCAUUAUAUGGGUGCUGUAGAACAGCACAAUGUUCAUCAGGUAUGUGAUUGUCAGGAAAUUCUGUCCGACAUGCCUCAGGAUUCAUGUGGCAGUACAGCUGAGACUGGGCUUGUCAGUUAUUUCAGUUUCAGGCUCCUGAUAAGUUGUCUGAGAAUAAACAAUGAUAAGUUUUUAGGAAUUUUUUCAGAUUCAUUGAUGGCAAUCUGUAACAUAUUUUUAAAUUCUAAGAUUAAAGAAAAUAUUCUUUCUUUUUUUUAAGGUUGGUGAUGUGCUCAGUGGGAAUCUCCUUGAAGGAGAAUCUGAUGACUCAGAAGUGGAGAAUGAAACGGAAGACAACUUUCUUCCAUCUGAAAAACCAGCAUGGGUGGAUGAAGAUGAUGAAGCUGAGGAAAAGUAAGCAGCACUCAUAGGCUAUGUUUGCAUGUCACAGUAAUCCAUGGUUAGUGGUUUACUUUGAUGUGUAAUGCACCUAUUGUAAAUUGACUCAUGAAGUGUGGUGAAGCAAAGCUGUAGUUGUAAGCAAGUUGCAUUGAACUCUGUGGGGCUUGUCUUCAUCCUAACAUAUGUAGAUUUGGGGUGUAAGCAUCUUACAUCUUGUGAGUGCAAGGUCAAGAGUCGCACGAGCAGAUGUACUGUGACUUACCUUUUUCCUCUUCCCCCUGUGGGUCCCUAUGUGUCCCCCAAACUUUACUCUGGAGGGGUUGUCAAUCCUCCAGAGCAGACUUUGGGUGGCUGCAGGUUGAAGGAGAGUCACCUUUGCACAAGUGGAAGUCCAUUGCAUCAGUGCACAAUUGGAUACCACCCAUCAUCUUAACCAUUCAUUCUGAGUGAAGAUGUUAAUGUGUGUGCCUUCUGCACGUUUUUACAAAAUAUUGCCAGGCUGUCCACUUUUUGAGAGCUUUAGAAAUUCUAGAACCUUAUAGCUGAUUUUAAAAUAAACAUUUUUUCCAUUUCUUCCCCAUGCUAAUCCUGUAAAGUAGGUUAGGAAGAGGAAGUAUUUUAUUUAUGGUCACUCUGUGAGUUUCAUGGCUGAGUGAUGAUUUGAACCUUUAUCUCCCAAUCUUACUUUGGCACUCUUAACAACUCUAUCACAUUGACUCUACUAUGUAAUCUUACUAUGUAGCAUGAACUACAUGCCACUGUUUCAAAAUAUAAGCUAGUCACUUGCUUUAAUUUGUAAAGUGAUCAUCUUGGUAAAAUUAAUAUUUUUACAGAACUGUACAAAUUUAGCAUGUGACUUUUUUCUCCUAGAAUUGACAUGGCCCAUCGAUAUCGAAAAAACAUGAUGAAAAGUGAUGCAGAAAAGAAGCUUACAAAGGAAAAACUUCAAAGAAGACUUCAAGAACAGUGAGUGUUAAUGGUAACAUGGACAAGAGGCAACCAUCUUAAGAAAAAUUAAUUUUUGAUUAUUUAUUUGAAUUGGCAUCAAAAAAUGUUAGCAUAUAACCUCAUUUUUGAAGAGGCCUUCCAAUAUGUGUUUUCUCAAAACAGACAAUUUGUAAAUUAAUCUGAAUUUUUGAAGAUGUCUAUAUUUAUUUCCGUACGUACUAAAAUGCAAAAAAAAACCCCACAACAAUUUUCUUUAUGCAGCUAUGAAGUUUUACUGCUUAAUAUUGAGAAAAGCGGAAAUAGCCAGGAUGAUUCAAAUUGAACUUAAAAGGGAAGGGCAAAAAUGGCUGGGGUGCUUGGACACUUCGAAAGCAUUUCCCUAUUUAUUGUCAUAAUAAGAGUCUUACUUGCAAGAGGUGGGGAGGGUUGAGGAAAAUGUUUUUCUUCCUUCACAGUCCAUCCUUUAAACAGCUUGCAUCUGCUCUUGCAUCACAAGGGGUGUAUGGGUGUGUGUGAGAGAGAGACUAUAAGGCUGUCUGUCCCUUUCUUGCCCUGCAUCCCUCUCUUCAUCAGAUAUUUAAUGCUCAUCAUUCUUUCACCCAUCUUUCAAAAUUGUCUGGCAUAUUUACUUAAAAUUUCUGAUAGUUGUUUUUUACUUACCUCAAUGGAUAAGGUUGUGUGUGAAGUAACAGUUGUGGGUGCAGUACAGAUUUGUCUUCCUUAGAUUUCAGAGCGCAAUGGGAGCAACCCCUUCCUGGGCACAGAGGGACAGGAAGAAGAAAGUAAGAAAAGCCAGCGAUGAAGGUAAAUGUGGGACUUUCUAUAGCAUGAACCAAAGUCAAUAAAGUAAUUAAGAUGCAAUCCUCUGCACAUGUUCUGCAGAGAAAGUUUUUGGGACUUCUGAUUAAGGAAGUCUCGCAGGGACUAAUGUAGGAAGAACAUCAUGGCAAGGGAGAGACCAACUUGGCCUCAUCCAUUGGCUGUAGAAGGAGCAGCUACAGGGAGCUGGCUUCUCCUCAAGUGUAUGUGGGUGUUUGUUCCCAGUUUCCUGGGUUGCACAUCCCAUUCCUUAACUCUUAUUUUCUUUAACUGCUUAUUUUGCAUCUGACUCCAGUUCUUAUCCUUGAGAAUUUUAAGCAGUUCUUAUUUUGCACUUGGCUUCAAUUUGGUUGCCUUCAAGGUUCAAGUAAAAAACAAAGCAGAUCACACAACCCUGAAGGCUGCCUACCCUGUUUUAGAUUGUUUACCUGACGACGCAGACUGUCUUACUACUGACCGUUGCAAGCUGCUCUAAGAGACUAGGAGCAGGGUUUACGACACACUGCCUGACUGUAUACUGAAUAAGUUCUGACUUCUUUUCAUAUAUUGCAUUUAGCUUAUGUUGCCACUUUUCAUAUGGCUGCACAGAUAAAACAAUACAAUGUUUGAAAUAAUUUCUUUUUAAGAUGACAGUGAAGAUGAAGGGGAUGAACUAAUGCACAAGACAGGCAAUUUCGUGACAGUGUCAGACUCCUUACCAAGAGGCUUUUUACAGGUAAAACAAUCUUUCAUUUUCAUGCACACAAUGUGUUUGUGAUUAGAAUUCAUAGGCUUUGAAGCUGUUAAAUAUGAGAAAAACAACAGGUUUCAAGAGACCCUUCAUGCAACACAUUGAAAGCAUUUUCAUGUUUUGAAUAUUUAGUUGGCAAAGUUUUAAGUAUGAUGAAAUAGUUAUGUAGAGCUUCAACAGUAAAAUAAAAAAAUCAUUGGGAAUUUUCUCCUCUCCUGCAAGCCUGCUGUUAACCCUCAAAAUCUGCUUCAGGUGGUUGGAGGACCAUCUGGAACAGAUUUUUGGGAAGUGUGAGAAGAGGAAGUUCCAGGUGUGAGCAGAACACCACUUGCACAGAGUUGAAUACAACUUGAUUUUAUAAAAAUUUGGAUCGCUAAUGCAUCUCUAAACUAGGAAAUGGAAAACUGCCUAGAACACUGAAUGUAUCUUAGGACAGAAUUGGUAGCAAAUUUGCUGAAAUAUAUUUCAGUAGUGCAGACAUAGGGUUGUGUCCAAAGCUGCUGUUUAACUUGGGCAGAAGAUUUCUGUUUGCACACUUGAACCUUCUUCCCUGUCCUGAAGCCUCACACCCACCCUCAAAAUCUGCUCCAGGCGGUUGAAGGACCCUGUGGAGCAGUUUUUGUGGGGGUAUUCAGGGAGGAGCAAAAGGGGAGGUCUUAUUUGGGUAGCUUAGUGCUGCUUGUGCAGUGUUGGAUACUGUCAUGAGUGCGUAGAUUUUUCUUUUCUAUACGUACUUAGUGGUUAGGCAGCUUCAUAACAACCACACAUGUUCCUGUUCUGCAUUUUAGAUGAAAAACUGCAAGUUUGCGAAUAGUGAACGUCUGUCAGAUGCAAAACUGACAACUGUGCAGUUCCAUCCUUCUGCUCAAGUUAUUAUGACUGCUGGGCUUGAUCGGUCUGUUUCACUGUUCCAGGUGAGGAAUUAUUACCUUAUAUAUAAUGCAAUUGUUUCUGUUCUAUGUUCUUGUAUACUAUUUUAUAGGAACUGAUUGGCUGAGACAUACUUUAGACACCUAUGUGGUGGUUGGGUGGGGUGGGGUUUAAAAUUUGCAUAUUUAAUACCAAACUUUAAGGACUGGAAACAGUCAAAAGUGCAUGGAAGCAAGUGGGUCAUCCCUAUUGUUUGCAAAGAAGCAGAAGGAGUUCCUUGUUAUGGUGGAGCUCCAUAUGGUGCAGUAGCAGGCAGAAGCAGCCCAAUGUUUCUGUGGGACUCUGGGUUGCCAUCAAAUCAAGGAAUUUAAAUUCAAGACAAACAGGCAUUCGCUAGUCAUUACAUUUGUAUUUUAGAAAUCCUCUUAAAUAUUGCCCAUUCUGAGGUGAAAAAUGAAUGCAUCUUUUUCUCUUUAAAGGUGGAUGGCAUCGCUAAUCCAAAGAUACAGAGCAUUCAUCUGGAAAGCUUUCCAGUGUACAAGGCACGUUUUAGUGCAGAUGGAGAGCAAGUUAUUGCAACUAGCAUACACAACAAGCGGUUCUAUAUAUACGACAUGAUGGCUGGAAAAAUUAUUCCUAUAACCCAUAUCAGAGGUGAGGUUUCACUGCUUGCUUAUAUUUUUGUUCACACUGAAUUUUAAGUAGAUUCGAAUAAUGCUCAAAUAUAAUUUUAUUUUUUCUGAAUUAGACAUAAAAGAUUUCUAAUUAAAUUCCUUCUUACUGUGUCACAUGGCGGUAGAACUAGUGCCCAGUGUUCUUCCAUGUCUUUGGAACAAUGGCAUCUAUAAGAAAAAGAAUAACCAUUCAAGGAAAUAACGUUCUAUUAUUCUUUAUAAAUAAGCACCCAGAUUAAACCAUAAUUUAUAAGCUAAUAGUUAGCUUUGGCAAUUAGCUCCUAUAUAUAUGUGCUAGAACUAUAUAACACAUAUUGUUUUUUUGAACUUAAGGUUUAGAGGAGAAGUUUAUCAAAAAUUUUGAAGUAUCACCAGAUGGAAGAUUCCUGCUCCUUAAUGGAACAUCAGGCUAUCUGCAUUUGUUGACAAUGAAGGUAAAAUCUGCAUUUGUUUCUGAAAAUGAGCAUUUUAAGUUCAAACAGCAACACAAUUCUACCAGCAGAGAAGUUGUAUCAGCUAGAGUUCAUACUAAAAAUGCAUUUUAAUACUAAUAUGGCAAAUACGAACCACAUAGCAUUUUGUAGUCUUAUGCUUCAUGCAGGACUUCUGUGCUGCUCAACAGUAGCAAUUUCAGCAGACAAGUCACAGGGAUGGUGUGGAUUUCUUGACUUUGAUUUUGUUAAAUCCAAAUAGUGGUGGCAAAUAGUUAAGUGGUUGAUUAUCUUUAGAGUUUUGUGUUGUAAGUGUCUCUUAUUAAACAAGUCAUCAGAAUACUGUAAAUGAGUAAGUCACUGGUGUGGUGGAGACUAUAGAAGGAAAAAGAUAAACCAAAGGAAGAAAGCCAUAAAUAACAGGAGGGAAAUAGGGCAACAGAGCACCAUAUUAGGGAACACAGUGGUGUACUAAGAAAUAUAUAUAUGAAAACACAUUUGUGUGCACCCUACAAGUUUUCUUCCCCUCCUUUUUAUGAUGACUGUAGAAGGGCACAUUCCUCUCAUGAGACCAGACUCUUUCACUUUUAUGAUAUUGUGACUACUUGUGUUGAUCAGCAAUUGCAUUUCUAUUUUAGACGAAAGAGCUUAUUGGGAGCAUGAAAAUAAAUGGGAAGUCUUUGGAAUCAUCUUUCUCUCCAGAUAGCAGCAAAAUCUACACGCAUUCUGGUAAGUUAGAUAAGAUGUGGCAUCACUGUAUGAAGGUGUGCAAUUUUUAGUGAAAGGAGAACUUUGUAUAGCCUCUGUUGCAGCUGUUACAGUAGUAAUCAUCACAGGCUCAUUUUCUGAUUAGAAAGCACUCAUAGCAAGAUGCCUUAAGUUGAAACUGGAAUUUGUGACCCAAUACAACCUCCCCAUAAACCAUGAAACAGUUGUGCCUUUUGCUACUUACGAUGUAUGCAUGUGAGUACCUAUUUAAUAGAAACUCACUAUAUAAUAGUUAUAAUCUUUGAGUAGUGUAUGGAGUUAUUCCUUGCUGUGCUCUUCAGUUGUUCAUAGUUUAGCAGAGGUCCCCCCCUUUAAAUCCAGCAUUUUGAUGUCAUAUAUUACUUCCUCUAAAAAAAUUCCCUAUUUGUCUCUCUGUCUGUCAGUUCAGGGUGAAGUUUUCGUAUGGGAUGUAAAAAGCAGACGAUGCCUAAACAGAUUUUCUGACGAAGGUUGUAUGUGUGGUACAUCAAUUGCAGUCUCCAAAAACAACCAGUAUGUGGCAUGUGGGUAAGUGGAAGCAGAGCCAAUAUUUUAAGAUAUUUUAUUUCUUGGAUCAUACCGGAAGGUUCUCUACUUCGAAGACACUGGAGUUGUCAGAUAAUUAUGGGUUUAGACAUGCGUUACUAAUGUUGCAGCUCUCAGCAUAUUAAAUCCACUUGAUUUCAGUGGGACUUACUUUUGAGUAAACAUUCUUAGUAAUGUGCUAUAAGAGGCCAAAUUCAGAGGAGGGCAAAAUCGACAAAUAAUUUAGUGGUGUAUCUUUAUAUAUGGUAACAAAAUAACUUGCCAGUAUGACAGGUAAACAGAUUGCAAAUGCUUUUUAGAUCAAGUUCCAGGCUUUAUCAAAGUAGUCUUCAGAAAUAUCUUAUUUUUAGUCUGUGGUUGAUACAUAGAGAGCUCCCAUGACUUGGAAGACUUGACUGAGUAAAUAUUGAGCAGCUUUUUGCCCUUAAAUUCUGUAGAGCUGCCAUGUUGCUUGCCUUGAUUUAAAAAUGGCUGUGGCUAAUUGCUCCCCCUAAGUUACAGGUGAGCUUCUUGCAGCAUAUGUAGGAGUCAGCAAUUGUGCUGCAGCAUUCUGCACUAACUGCAGCUUCCAGAGCAAGCAGAAGGAAAGCCCCACAUACAGUGCAUUGGAGUAAUCUACUUGAAAUCACUUCAUGCAUGAACUACUGUGGCAAGGCUUUCCCAGUCUAAGAAUGGCUGUAGCUCUCAAACCUCUUUCUGUAGAUGGAGCCUCCCUUCUACAAACUUAAGCAUAAAUGUAGUAAAAAAAUGCACUCUUUUUACUUACAUGAAUAAGAUUUUAUUAUAGUUACGCAUUAACAUUUCCUCAGUAUUGCUUAUGGGAAAUGACGGUCAGUACAUCUGGAGAAACAUAGGAUCAUGAAUAUAAAUUGCUGAGUUAAUUUAAUUCUGGUUUAAGCAUUUUAUAAGCCACAAACUCUUUUUUUUCUAGUUCUAGUUCUGGAGUUGUGAAUGUGUAUGCUCAGGACGACUGUCUUAGGGAAACUAGUCCUAAGCCUCUUAAAGCUAUAAUGAACUUGGUCACACCUGCAACAUCGUUAUCCUUCAGUCCCACCACUGAAAUAUUGGCAAUUGCUUCUAAUAAAGUAGAUGAGGCGGUAAAGCUGGUAAGAAUUUCUCCUAAGUUUAAUUCAAUAGCUAAGUAUUAAUUCAAUUCAAUUUAAGCUGGAGUUUUCCUGCUUGUUCUUUUCAGCUCCUAAGGUGCUCCUCAGCAUCCCAGCCUUGGAUUCCCAUGCCUACAGAGAUCCCCUGUCCACCUCCCCUGGCCUUAAUUCAGCAAAACAAACAAAAAACAGUUCCUCUUAGAACUAUUAUAACUAGGUCGCUUACUGGAGAAUUUUUCUUCUGCUCGUGAUUAUCAUUUUCCUUUACAGAAGUUUUGUUAUUUGUCAACAUUCUGUUGCUGACCACUUUACCUUGAGCGCUUUGCAUGUCUGAACAUUCUUUGACAUCCUAGUUGCUCAAGUAAUUGCAAGCUGCAAGCAUUUUCACAUACAUAGAACAGACACACACGUUGCGUGGUUCUUGGAUCGUGAGAAUGUAUUGAGUUUGAAUAAGUCUUCUGGGAAAUUACCAAAAAUACGACAACAGAAAGACAGAAAUGCCUAUACUUUAUGGUUUGAGGCAAACAUUUCUCAUUUUAGGAGCUUUAUAUGGGGAAACCUUUUCCUUUUCACCAGGUGCACACAGUCUGCCAAUUUCUGUUUUGGAACAGGGGAAAAUGAGAGAACCCCAAAACAUCCAUUUUAUCAUAUUAGAAAAGCUUUUCACAUUGCUAGCAUUUAGGCGAAAAGUGGGAUUUAGCUCCAGAAAAACCUAGAUGUCACACAGCUGGUGGAAAUGUCAUGUGGUUCAUAUCCUGCAAGUGCAGGAACAGGCAGCCCACAAGGGGUGAGGAUCAGCCCAUGUAGUUGUAACUGUAUAUGCAAAAUCUGUAGUUAGAAAGAUCCUGGACAGGAAAUUUUCUUUUUUAUAAUCACUUUUUAUUAAUACUUUUCAUAAAGCCAAACUAAUCUAGAGAAGAAAAGUAGGAAAAAAGGAAAAGAAAAGAAAGAAGAAGUGAAAGAGAAUAAAAGACCAAUAUCUUAACCUUUAUUCCACACAGAAGAGUGAACCCUCCCAGGUCUCACCUGGGAGUUUCCCCCUCUUCCUCCAGCCUCCCAUCCUGGGAGAUCCUCUGUACCAAAACUCAGGGAAUUUCUAAAGCAGCUUGUAAAUGGACAGAUGCAGGGGAAAGGGUUAGAAAAUCCUGCUAAUUGUGCACAAGCCUUUGCUUAAGAUAAAGUGUUGGGUUCAGAGUUAUUGUCUUGAAAGUAACUGUAAAAAUUAAUGUUUGAAGGUUUAUUUUCAUGUUAGCCGCUCCGAGCCCUGUUUUGGCUGGGGAGGGUGGGGUAUAAAAAAAUAUUAUUAUUAUUAAUUAUAUUAUGUAUGACAGUGAAGUAUGCUUUCACUUACCCAGCCCCUCUGUUUCAUUACCUUGCUCCACUCUCCUUCGCAGGUGCACAUUCCUUCAUUUACUGUAUUCCCAAAUUUUCCGGUGUUCAAAAGAAAGUUAAUAUACUUGGCUAACUCCAUGGACUUCUCACCCAGAAGUGGAUAUUUUUCCAUAGCAAAUAACAAAGGCAAAGCUUUAUUGUAUAGGUACGUAUUAAAUCAUGCUACUGCAAUUACAGUGAUACUUAACUCUUAGAUUUCUUCAGAUUUGUGUUAUAUUAUUGACUGUGGGCAGUAUUAAUGUUAGUCAUACUCAGAGUAACUAGUCUUAGUAUAGCUUAGAUGAAUAUUGCCUUUGAUACCUAAUAAUAAUAAAACAGGUUUUUAUAAUUUAACUGAGCUAGGCACAAUUUGAAUUUUCUUGCACAUUCUUAUUUCCCUUGUCUCUUUUAAAAACAUACUUUGCUACUCUGUACCCUGAUAUGUUGAUGUUAGAUGAAAACAUUGCCAUAAAAUAUUAGAACCACUGUGGUAUAAUUUAGAAAGCUAAAGCAGGGUGCUUUGUGGUCUUGUAGUUGGGAAUAUCUCAAACUAUUGCGUUUUAACUUUGCAGGUUGAAACACUACUCAGAUUUCUAA